AUGGAAUCUACUGAGCAUUUAACAGAAGAACAAAUUGCGGAAUUCAAAGAGGCUUUUGCUCUGUUUGAUAAAGACGGCGACGGUAGCAUUACCACCAAAGAAUUGGGUACUGUGAUGCGGUCACUUGGUCAAAAUCCUACUGAGGCAGAACUACAGGAUAUGAUUAAUGAAGUAGAUACUGACGGUAAUGGAGUAAUAGAUUUUUCUGAAUUCUUAUCAAUGAUGGCGAGAAAGAUGAAAGAUACCGAGAGCGAAGAAGAAAUUCGCGAAGCAUUCCGAGUUUUCGACAAAGACGGAAACGGAUUUAUAACUGCAGCUGAAUUAAGACACGUUAUGACAAAUCUAGGUGAGAAACUAACCGAGGAAGAAGUUGAUGAGAUGAUAAGGGAAGCCGACAUAGACGGUGAUGGUCAAAUAAAUUAUGAAGAAUUUGUUACGAUGAUGACUUCUAAAUAA